AUGGCUUUGACCGUAGUUCUGGGCAGCGAGCCUACGAGCUUCCAGCUGCCCCUGCGGUAUCAGUUUCAGAAGCUGCUGGGCAGUGGCAGCUAUGGGGUUGUCGCAUCUUUCCGCGAUGCCACGAAAGGAAAGGACGUGGCUGUGAAGCGAGUGCGAAGGGUGUUUGACAACUUCCUGAUGCUGCGGCGCACGCUCAGGGAGAUUAAGUUGAUGCGGCACUUCCGUCAUCCAAAUCUUCUGCAGCUUCACGAAGUGCUCCUGGUGGAAACAGGCGGCGAGCUCUACAUCUCCAUGGAGCUGAUGGACUGCGACUUAGACAGGCUCGUGAGAGGCCGAGGCGCUGCUCUCGAGGAGUCCGUUGCACGGCGCUUCUGCGCACAGAUCUUACUGGGCCUUCUCCACCUCCAUCUUGGACAUGUGAUUCACCGGGAUCUGAAGCCGGCCAACAUCUUCGUGCGCCUGAAGGAGUUGCAGGUGAAGAUAGGAGACCUCGGUCUGAGCCGCGGCAUUGCCGUGGAUUUCGCUGGAGAGGCUCUCCAUCCGUUGGAGGAACAUCUCACGGAGUACGUGGUUACCCGCUGGUAUCGUGCGCCGGAAGUGCUGCUUGCGAGGUCCAAGUAUGGGCCCAAAGUGGAUGUUUGGUCCGUGGGCUGCAUCCUCUACGAGAUGUGGACGGCAAAGGCCCUCUUCCCCGGCAAGAACAGCGUGGAUCAACUGACGAAGGUGAUGGCUGUCUUGGGGUCGCCAUCUGAGCAGGACCAGUGGUGGAUUCCGAAGGAGUCGAGGUCGCUGCUGGCACGUAGCACCUCCACCGCUCGACCCAGAGGCCUUGCGAAGCUGCCUGGAAUACCGGGGCAGCAAGGCGAGGACUUCCUCACCCAGCUGCUCUGCUUCGAUCCUUCCCGGCGGCUGUCGGUCGCAAGGGUCUUAGAUGGCUUCAUUGCUACAGGGCCGGGCACUCACGUCGAUGGCGGCAGGGAGAUUCUUGUCAAGUCGGAACAUGCACGCGCGUUGCUCGGGCCAUCGCUCCGGCUCCUGCACUGA